UUUUUUUUUUUUUUUUUUUUUUUUUUUUUGUGGUUGUUCACGUGUGUGUCUCGAUACAGAGGAAGGAGCAUUGCCAAAAUGUCCUUGUUCAACAUGUGGUUUCUUGUUGAUCUUUGCCAGAGCUGGUGGCCUUUUCGGACAAGGCCCCUUGGGUAUAGGUGCCGUUCAUUCAACGCUCUGGAGGCUGUUCAAUUCAUGAUGAAGCAGUCUGGGGAAAAAAUUGCAACGGUGCAGAUCUCAUUGUCUGCGAGUAGUUUGCUUGACAUGGAUGUCUUUUCGAAAUCGGAUCCGAUGGUGGUGGUCGAGUUGUGCGAGACAAAUACCGACGUCCUUGUCUGGUCCGAGAUCGGCCGUACUGAGAUCAUCUGGAAUGAUCUUAAUCCCAAAUGGGCAAAGAACUUCACAUUGAGCUAUCGAUUCCAUGCCGUCCAAUUGCUUCGCUUCUCUGUCUACGAUGUGGAUACCUUACCUCGGCGGAGCAGCAGCAGCAGCAGCAAUGGUGAAUCGACGGUGAGAUUGGAAGACCAGGACUUCUUGGGGGUAACCGAGUGCAGCCUUGCAGAGCUCGUGCAAGCCCACGGCCAAGUGCUCACCAGAGAGCUAAGGGCACCUCCUCAGAGCUCUGCUGGUUCAACCUCAGGUCGUAGAGAGCGCAUGUCCACCAAGGUCCAGGCCCCUGGGAAGAUGGGCACGCUGACCAUCCGUGUCGAGGAGGUGCCACUUGAGCGGCAUGAAACUGUGACUUUGCAAUUCCAUGCACAAGACCUUGACAAGAUGGAUACUUCCCUCUUUGGCAAUGGCAUUCCGUAUUUGAAGGUAUCGAAGAUUUUCGAGAACGGGACUGCCGCACCCGUUUUCGAGACUCCACUAGCCGUUGUAGGGGGGCAGGGUCGGAAUCUGGUCUGGGAUUGGGAUCCCACCGUUCUUUCGCUCCAGGAUUUGUGCAAUGGAGAUCAGGAGCGUCCUCUACGAAUCGAAUGUUUCGGUAACUGCCUCUUCAGUGACGACACUUUGAUUGGAAGUACGGGAAGGUCCGUGAAACAGCUGGCAGAGGAUGCGCAGACGAGCAGGGCCAUCCCGUUAACGGCGUUAAGGAGUCCCUCACCGCUGUGCCGGCGAAAGAGGCCUGAUGGUUCCGAAGUAACUGGAAAACUGUUCUGCAAACAAUGCCGCAUUAUGGGGUCAGCAUCAUUUUUACAGUAUGUUUCCAUGGGAUGUGAGAUCAGCUUCCAUGUGGCGAUCGAUUUCACUGCAUCUAAUGGGCACCAAAGUAAAAUGAACUCUCUUCAUUUCAUCCAUCCUCAAGGGUGGGAGAACCCUUAUCAACGGGCGAUCCGCACCGUCGGAACGGUCGUUGAGUUUUAUGACAUGGACAAACGUUUCCCCGCCUGGGGGUUUGGAGCAAAUGUCGGGCGAUCAGGAAUGUUUGAGGUUUCACACUGCUUCAACCUGAAUGGAAAUCCAUUGGAUUCGGAGGUGGUGGGUGUUGAGGGAGUCCUCAAGGCAUACUCAAGAGCGGUUCAUUCUGUGUCCCUUGCAGGGCCUACCCUGUUUGCCCCUGUAAUCUCUAAGUCUGCGGAAAUUGCCGAAGAACACUUGAAAACUAGGGAGCUGAAAUAUUCUGUGCUCCUGAUAAUCACCGAUGGCAUCAUAAAUGACAUAGACUCGACAAUCGACACACUCAUUGAAGCGUCCAGGCUUCCUCUUUCGAUCUUGAUUGUUGGAGUGGGCUCUGCCGACUUCUCGUCUAUGGAGGUCUUAGACAGCGACAAUGGACUCCUCCAACGCUGUGGCCGACAAGCUGAGCGAGAUAUAGUGCAAUUUGUGGCGAUGAAGAACAUAACGAGUGAUCAUCACCUGGCCCGUGAACUGCUUGCCGAGCUGCCAGGCCAGGUUGUGCAGUUCAUGUCUGGGUUUCUGAAAAUCCCCGUGUCUUGACCCAGGUUGACCAGGACUCGAUCAAGUUGGCCCAUGUCAUGCGCUGCACGUGGCCCAGAUCUGACCUGCACAGGUGGCGCAGUCCAUGUUCUUGGGAGCCCUGAACAUGUUGGGUGCUUUGUUGGGCCCUUCUAACAUGUCAUGUAGGAACUGCGACUCCCCUCCGCAGUUCGAGUUGUGGCUAGCUUUAUAGAUGGCAGGGAAAAGCAUUGUGGCUAGCUUUAUAGAUGGCAGGGAAAAACAUUGUGGCUAGCUUUAUAGAUGACAGGGAAAAGCAUGCGAUCUCAGAGGGUCAGUGUGAAGGACCCGUGGGAAUGGCAGUCCGUCAGGAUCAAGACGAAGGGGGUGAGAGGAUGAGGGAGACGGAGCUGGAACUGGAAGGGACAGCGCAGCUCCGACGCAGACUCAACAUGCACGUACUCGAAACUGUGCAGAUGAAGAAUGAAAUGAAAAACAGACU